AUGUCCAUGAUUGCAGCUUUCUACAACAACAAAUCCAUUCUCAUCACUGGGGCCACAGGCUUCCUGGGCAAGGUGUUAAUGGAGAAGCUGUUGCGCACCAGCCCCAGCCUGAAAGUCAUUUAUAUCCUUGUGAGACCUAAGGCUGGCCAAAGCCUCCAGCAGAGAACCUUCCAGAUCCUUAACAGCAAGCUCUUCGAGAAAGUAAAAGAAGCAUGUCCGGACGUUCACAAGAAGAUCGUGCCCAUAGCUGCAGAUCUCAACCACAGCGACUUGGGCAUCAGCGAGGAGGACAUGCAGGAGCUCCUGUCCUGCACCAACAUCAUCUUCCACUGCGCAGCCACCGUGCGCUUUGAUGAAAACCUCAGACAAGCCGUGCAGCUGAACGUCACCGCCACACAGCAGCUGCUGCAGAUGGCCAGUCAGAUGCCGAAGCUGGAGGCCUUCAUCCACUUCUCCACUGCCUUCUCCAACUGCAACCUGGAGCAUAUUGACGAAGUCAUCUACCCAAGUCCUGUGGAGCCGAAGAAAAUCAUCGCAUCCAUGGAGUGGUUAGAUGACAAGAUUAUUGACGAUAUCACUCCCAAGCUCAUCGGGGAUCGGCCCAACACGUACACCUACACCAAGGCCUUGGGGGAGACAGUGAUCCAGCAGGAAGGCCAAAACUUGAACGCGGCCAUCAUCAGGCCCUCCAUCGUGGGCGCCACCUGGCAGGAGCCCUUCCCGGGUUGGGUUGAUAACCUAAAUGGACCCAGUGGAUUGAUUAUUGCCGCUGGGAAAGGGUUCCUGCGGUCCAUUCGUGCAAACCCCAUGGCUGUGGCGGAUGUGAUUCCAGUGGACACGGUGGUGAAUCUUACCCUUGCAGUGGGCUGGUACACUGCAGUCCACAGACCUAAAACAACAUUAAUCUACCACUGUACAUCUGGGAGUUUCAAUCCAUGUAAAUGGACCAAGAUGGGAUUCCAAGUCUUGGCAACCUUUGAAAAAGUCCCAUUUGAGAAAGCUUUCAGAAGACCAAAUGCUGACUUCACAACCAACAACUUCUCAAUACAGUACUGGAACGCAGUGAGCCACUGGGCCCCGGCCAUCAUCUACGACUUCUACCUGCGACUCACCGGAAGGAAACCCAAGAUGACAAAGCUCAUGAAUCGCCUGUUGAGAACCAUCUCCAUGCUGGAGUAUUUCAUCAACCGAAGCUGGGAAUGGAGCACAAACAAUACCGAAAUGCUGAUGUCAGAGCUAAGUCCUGAAGACCAGAGGGUAUUCAAUUUUGAUGUGCGCCAGCUGAACUGGUUGGAAUACACUGAAAAUUAUGUGUUGGGAGUUAAGAAAUACCUACUGAAAGAAGAUAUGGCUGGAAUCCCAGCAGCAAGGCAACACUUAAAAAGGCUCCGAAAUAUUCACUACCUCUUUAACACAGUCCUCUUCCUCAUCAUCUGGCGUCUUCUCAUCACCCGGUCUCAGAUAGCACGGAACAUCUGGCUAUUCAUUGUGAGCUUCUGUUACAAGUUCCUCUCUUACUUUAGGGCCUCCAGCUCUCACAAGGCCUAAGAAUGUUCAACAACCACCUUUUCUCUGAAACCUCUCCUCAGAUACCUCUAUAUCAGCAAACUGUGAUACUUCAGAUCAGGAAAUAAGAAGGAACCCAAGUGGUCAAAUGGUUAUACAUUGGCUCCUACGUCUUCACUGUAUAGUCUUUUUAUUCCAGUGACAAAAGCAAGCUAUAGUUUGUCUUCACAUAUUUUUGGGGAGGCAGGGAAGCCUCAAUUAUUUCCUAGCAUCUAGUCUACACUCUUGCAUAUUAAGCAUGAAAGUGCCCACAUUUCUCUGCAUUUCGCUUACCUUUUUUUCCCUGAGGAUCAGUUCAACUCAAUAGGCAAAGACCUGGUGGAAAGCAAAAUAAGCUAAAGAAAGGCCGUACUGGCCAAGGCUUGGUGGCUUACAUCUGUAACACUAGGUACUCAGAGGUCAAAUUGGGUGGGAUGUCAGCUUGAUACAGUUUGUGAUCCCAGCUAUGUGAGAAGUGGAAAUGAGAGAAUCACAGUCCAGGAUGGCAGGGCAAAACUUGGAGACCCUACCUGAAAAUGAGCUAAAAAGGGAGAGGGGUGGUUUAAAUGGUAUAGCAUUUGCUUAGCAAGUGUAAGUCCCCAAGUUCAAACUUCAGACACACCAAAAAACCAUUCUGGAACACCAAAGAAAAUAAUUCAAGAUCAAGAUAAGAAACAGUGUAAAAUCUUCACAGAUGCCGUACAAAAAAUAACCUCCCACUAGAAAUGUCUCCCCUUUAAUUAUAUGUCAAGGGUAGAAAAAUGUGACUCCUCUUUACCAUUUUGUCUGGAUUAUAUCUACUCCUUAAAACUAUUAAAAAAAAAAAAGAGGGGGGAACCAGGAAUUGUCAACAAUGAUGUUUAUGAGAACUUAACUGUAACUGCAGUCAGGUAUUCUCUAUAGCUUCUUAUACACUUUGAAGACCUCAGAAUUUUGCCAACUCUCAAAAGUUUCUAAUCAGUUUUUCUGAGGACCUUCUCUUGAACUUCCUUCUUGCUCAGUGAUGUGACAAAGCCCUGGUGCUUUAUCUUUAUUCUACUCAGACCUUGCUGAGAGUGGCUGUCAGGGAGAGAGAAGGUCCAAGACUAGAAUUUACAUGUAACUGCAUAACCCCAGCUUCUUGCAUGAGGAUUAUCAGGAUUUUGUUCAUUCUAAUUAUACCAGGGUAACUGUAAAAUGUGCGGCAGAAAAGUGGAUUUCAUUACCUCUAAAUUUAGAUAACAGGGUAGUUUUUUAUUCUUCAAUAUUUUAUAUAUAAUACAAAUCUUAAAACUUUCUAUAUUAAGAUUUCUAAACUAAUAACUAUCCCUUAUGUUUAAGGAUGAGGGUAUGUUGGAUUGCAAAGUAGAAUAUUAUUAAAACAUAAUAGUUGAGGCCACAUAAGUAGUGACAAUUAAACAGGCACAAAAGGUUAAUAAAGAACAGCAAGUAUCUAUCUGCCAGGCACCAUGGUGCAUACCUGUCAUCCCAGACACGGGGGAGACUGAGAUCUGAGGACCAGAUAGGAAAGUCCAUGAGACUCUUAUCUCAAUUAAGCAGCAAAAAGUAAAAAAUGGAGGUAUUGUUCA